UACUGACACGCUCCUGAAAGUCGCUCCUCUGGGGAGGAGGCGGGGCAUCGCGCGCGCGCGCCUCUGGAUGGGGAGUUUCGACAUCAGCGGGUUGAGAGCCAGGGUGACCCACAAGUCCCGUCCCGUGUCACACAGGUCCGUACUUUGCUGCUGGAGAUCAACGAUAAACAAGUGAAGCCAAGAGUCACAGUCUUGCGACUGGAAACGACGGAGAUUCGCUGUAAUCAUUUUCAAUUUAAAGAGAAAAGCAGACGGAGAGCAUAGAUUGGGCCGUUCCUCCGCAUCAGUUCGGAAUAAAGUCCCACUGACGGGGGGGCAGACGGAAUAUGAUUUAAACCAAAGCAUUCUUACAAGUUACAGGAUGAAGUUCCUCUGGUUGGACGCCGCCUGUCUGGUGGCCGUGCUCUGGGCCGCGGGCCCCCGGGUGGGGGCCGAGUGCGACCCUUCACCCCAGCCCCCCAAGCUCAACCUCUCCGUGACCUACGACCUCCCCACCUUCACCGCCGACUCGCCCAUCCAGAACAUGGUGACCCUGAACGGGGUCAUCUACGUGGGGGCUGUCAACCGGAUCUACGCCCUGUCCCCCAACCUCACCAAGCUGUCCGAGUACCGCACGGGGCCCCGGCCUGACGUGGAGCCCUGCGGCGGGGGGCCGGCCGCCAACGGCAGCGUGGACAACCACAACGUGGCCCUCCUGGUGGAGACCAUCUACGACCAGGGCCUCUUCAGCUGCGGCUCGGCCGACCGCGGCGUGUGCCGCCGCCACGUCCUGGACGACGGCACUCGGCCCAAGACGGUGGACGAGGAGGUGGACUGCUUCUCGGACCGCCGGGGCCGCGGGCAGCCCAGCGACCCCAACCGCGUGGUGCGGCCCUCGGGGGCCCGGGUGCUGAACGUGGAGAGCAACGUCAUCCACUUCUUCGCCGGCAACUCGGAGAUCCCCGGCGUGACGGGCGCGGCGGGGGCGCAGGCGGCCGGCGAGCCCCACACCAUGUCGGUGCGCAAGAUGAAGACCAGCCAGAACGGCUUCACCUUCUUCUCCCACCGCUCCUACAUCGACCUGAUCCCGGCGCUGCGCGGGAACUACUUCCUGCGCUACGUGUACUCCUUCCACAGCGGGCCCUUCACCUACUUCCUGACGGUGCAGCGGGCCGGCCGCGGCUCGCAGGCCUACCACACGCGCAUCGUGCGCAUGUGCUCCUCGGACCUGCAGAUCCGGCGCUACGUGGAGAUGCCGCUGCAGUGCAUCUGCACCGACAAGCGGCGGCGGCGGCGGCGUGGGAGCCCGUCGGAGCAGGGCGGCGUCCGGGUGUUCAACGUGCUGCAGGCGGCGCACCUGGCCAAGGUGGGCCCCAACGCCAACCUGCGGGGCGUGGAGGAGGGCGACGACGUCCUGUUUGCCGCCUUCGCCCGGAGCAAGCCCGACUCGCCGGAGCCCACGGCGCACUCGGCCGUGUGCGCCUUCCCGCUGAAGUACAUCAACGACCUGUUCAGGAAGUACAUGCAGAGCUGCAACACGGCGGAGCCCUACCACUUCACCGGCUCCAGCAACAAGUCCUGCUACAACGUGACCUCUUCGGACGACUGCGGCCUCCACGAGGGUCUCAACGAGGGCAAGGAGGGCGAGUACCGCCUGGAGGUGGUGCAGGACGCCCAACGCCUCGAGUACUGGCAGAAGGACCUCACCGACACCCUGGUCACCUCCAUCUCGGUGGCCAUGGUCCACGGACACAUCGUGGCCUACCUGGGCACCGGGGACGGCCGCCACAUCCAGGUUCUCUUCUCCAGGGCCGCGUCCCCCCAUGUGAACGUCCGUCUGGACUCCAGGCCGGUGACCACCAUGGUUCUGCUGGACCCCGAGGGGCCCGGGGGAGCCCUGCUGCUGGCUACAGGCAGCAAGAUCACAAAGGUUCCUCUGACCGGUCCCGGCUGUGGUCAGCUGACAUCCUGUACUUCCUGUCUGCUGUCGUCGGGGGUGACAGGAUGUGGCUGGUGCGGCGACCGUUGUACGAGAGCCAACGAGUGCCCCUUGACCUCCCGCUGGACCCAGGACUACUGCACCCCCGUUAUCAACAAGGUAACGCCAUGGCAACCGGGGCAGCACCACUCACCACAGAGUUGGAUCUACCAGGGCAUGGAGAGACCCGAGGCGUGUCGCGGAGCCCCGCCGCCCAUCUACGGGGCCAACCGGGAGCUGCUGUCCCCCAGGCUGGGGGCCCUGGGAGCGGGCCUGAGGAUGGGGGCCGACGGGGAGCUGGUGGCCCCCCUGCUGGUGGCCCCCGUGCACAUCGACCCGUCGCGCCUGCACCCCCAACUGCUGCAGGAGGUGCAGCACGUGGUGAUCGCCCGGGACCGGCUGCUGCUCCAGCAGGUCAUCGGCAGGGGACACUUCGGCUGUGUGUUCCACGGCACGCUGCUGGAGGCCGACGGUCAGAAGCAGCACUGCGCGGUCAAGUCCUUGAACCGCAUCACCGACCUGGAGGAGGUCUCUCAGUUCCUGAAGGAGGGGAUCAUCAUGAAGGACUUCAGCCACCCCAACGUGCUCUCCCUGCUGGGCAUCUGCCUGCCCCCCGAGGGGUCCCCCCUGGUGGUCCUGCCCUACAUGAAGCACGGAGACCUGCGCAACUUCAUCCGCGAUGAGGGACACAACCCGACGGUGAAGGACCUGAUGGGCUUCGGGCUGCAGGUGGCUCGCGGUAUGGAGUAUCUGGCCAGCCAGAAGUUUGUCCACCGCGACCUGGCCGCCAGAAACUGCAUGCUGGAUGAGAGCUUCGUAGUCAAAGUGGCAGACUUCGGUCUGGCGCGUGACGUCUAUGAUAAGGAAUACUACAGCGUCCACAAUAAAAACGCGGUGAAGCUACCCGUGAAAUGGAUGGCUCUGGAGAGCCUGCAGACACACAAGUUCACCACCAAGUCUGACGUGUGGUCGUUUGGUGUGUUGCUAUGGGAACUCAUGACCCGCGGAGCCCCGCCCUACUCCGACGUGAACUCGUUCGACAUCACGGUGUACCUGAUGCAAGGCAGAAGGCUGCUUCAGCCAGAGUUCUGCCCUGAUGCCCUGUACACGGUGAUGGUGGAGUGCUGGCACCCCAGGCUGGAGCGCCGCCCCACCUUCUCUGAGCUGGUGGCCCGCAUCUCCGGCAUCUUCUCCAGCUUCAGCGGCGAGCACUACGUCCUCCUCAACACCACCUACGUCAACCUGGACAAGAUGAGCCCCUACCCUCCCCUCCUCUCCCCCACCUCCCCGUACCCCCGCACCUCCACCUCCUCCUUCUCCUCCGCCUCCUCCUCCUCCCACUACCCCUCCGCCGACCCCUACCCCGCCGCCAGCGCCUCCACCUCCCUGCCCGACCCGUCCCACGCCCUGCUGCAGCGCCCCCACCUGGCCUGCUGCACCUGACCGCUAGGGGGGGCCUGGUUAGCCGAAUAUGGUAACAGGAAGAG